AUGGCCGCCCAAAAGACGGCCCAACCUCGGCUCGUCAACCGCCUGCUGUACCGCAGCCGUCAGCGAGGCUUCCUGGAGCUUGACCUACUCGUGGGCAUGUGGGCGGAGAAGGAGCUGCCGCAGAUGAGCGUGGAGCAGAUGCGGGAGUUUGAGGUGGUGCUGGGUCAGGAGAACCCAGACAUGUUCAAGUGGUUGACCGCGCAGGCGGAGGCCCCGGAGGAGCUGCGGCACAACCGCACGUUUGCGGCGCUGCAGGCGCACGUGCAGGCGCUGAGGGACCGGCACCACAGCGUGCCGCGCGCCGCGGGCGAGGCGCCCAAGGAGUGGGUGCGCGGCUGGUCAGACUCGGGCAAGGAUCUGGGCAGCGGCGGCCUGGCCAGCAGCAGCGGCGGCGGCGGCGGCAGCAGAGCCGGCGGCAGCAGCUGA